AUCCAUCCGUCCAUCAAUCCGACGACGACAGGCAGCUCACAUCUUACCACGCUCGUAGUCGCUGUCCGCUACUAAACCGUGAUUGACUUCGGGUCUUCUCUCGUCUUUUGCUUGGUUGCAGCGCUCCCGUCGCCCGUACCCCGGAUCCCUGUCUCGCAUUGCAACCAACCAACGGCAAAGGGCGCAUACACACUGCUCGCUGCUAGCUCCCACCAAGAUGGUAUGCACGCAUCAGCCUUCUCACCACUUCCAGGGAGACCGCCGAUCGCCCAAGCUUUGGCGUGGAACUUUGAAGGAGACAACAGCUGACACUUGUGAUGAAUUGCAGUCGGCGCAGAACUCCGCGGGAAUCCAGACCCUGCUCGAUGCCGAGAGGGAGGCGUCCAAAAUUGUCCAAAAGGCUCGAGAAUACCGCACAAAGAGGGUGAAGGAAUCCCGCGACGAGGCAAAGGAGGAAAUCGACGAGUACCGCAAGAACAAGGAGGCCGAAUUCAAGGCGUUUGAGGCCCAGCACACACAGGGCAACAAAGAGGCGGAGGAGGAAGCCGGCCGCGACGCCGAGGCCCAGAUCGCCAAGAUCAGAGAGGCUGGCCAGAAGAGCCGGGAUAAGAUUGUUGAGGACCUGCUUCGUGGCGUGCUCGGGGUCUAAGCUGGCCUAGCAUAAGAACGGCACGACUAUCUCAGACGCAAGGGUGGCGACAAGUAGGGAGAAUUUGGGGGAAUGAUCGCUUCGUUGACCGUUAGCGGGCAUUGCUUCGCUUGAACUGAGCGCGUAUUGGCUGGCAAUUUCGAUGGAAAUGUGGCUUGUUCUGCCGUCCAUCACGACAAUGGCAGGCAGAUCAAGC